AUGACUCGCGGAGGGCAUAGGGGACUUUUAUUUCCUAUAAGUGGUGUUCUUUUAAAUAUAUUUGGUAGAAGAAGGAAGCGCGGUUUGUAUCACCACUGUACCAAUGAGCUUUUUAAACCUCGUUGGGGUCCCGUUAAACAACCUUCUAUUUUAAACGAUAUGAAUUUAUUGAAAUGGAAUAAUGGCACAAUUACUAGUUCUGAAAUGUUGCCUUCAAAAAAUACAUACAAUAAGGACGCUCGUUCAUCAUGGCCUGCUCCAAGGGGUUCAUUUAUUUCUAACAUGUACUAUAAAAAUGAACAGAGAUACUUUAAACCUGUAAUGGCUAAUACUGAAUAUAUUAGGAGUUACCUUUACAACGUUCUCGAUUCUAGAAACAUACAAAAAAAUGGAUUUAUUGGUAAUGAUUUGGACACCGAACAUACUAUAUCAUCUCAACAUAUAUCAAGGAUUAUAAGUUUGGAAAAUGAUAAUUCAACUCCUAAAAUAAAUUUGGAUAUUCCAAGAACACAAUUUAGGUUUAAUAAGUUAGAGAAUUUAAUUAAAGAAUCAGAUUAUUGGAAAACUGUUACUUUUGAUCACAAAUCAUCGAUUAAUCCAUUUCCUCACGUGAAUGAAGGUGCCUCUCUAAUUAUGAACCUCCCUUUACACGAAAUAUUACAUACGAGAUCGAAUCACAGGUUAAAUAGGAGAGCACAUCCAAAAUGGUAUGUAGCUAAAUAUCGCAAGUUUAUGAAAAAUAAACUUUUAAAAGAAAAAUUGAGUCAACUCCAUUUGGAAUCAACAAAUGAUUAA